AUGGCUUCAAAAACGUUUUCUCUGACGAUCACUGCUGAUUCACGAGAAUUCCCGUACGAGAAGCGCUAUCCUUCAUCGAUGACUCUUCGUGAACUGAAAGAAAAAUUGGAAUUAGUAGUUGGAAUUUCAUUCAAACAUAUAAAAGCAGAUUUGCUCGACAAACAUGGCAAAUUUAUAUCAUCCCUAACUGAUGAUAAAGCCACUUUGGAAAAAUUAGGAUUAGCAGAUGAAAUGAAAAUCCAUGUUUCGGAUAUUUCUGGUGGUGAGGAGAUCAGUUAUGAAAAUAUCGCAGGAGUUGAAAAGUAUACAAUACCUGAAGAUAAGUACAAUGAACGAGAGGGCAAUUUUCUGCUUUAUUUAGAUUCGGUUCGUGCAUGGAAACGAAAAGAAGGCGCAAAAAUUAUUAAUGAUGCUAUGACUGCUACCAAAAUUGAAGCACAACAGUUUAAGAUUGGAGAUCGCUGUAUUGUACGAUUAUCGAAUCAGAAGGAAAAGAGAGGUGUUGUAUCAUAUAUUGGAUUGACCAAAUUCAAACCUGGACAUUGGAUUGGCGUCACUUACGAUGCACCUAUUGGGAAACACGACGGUAGUGUUGACGGUGAAAGGUUUGUGCUUCAUUUUUCUGUUAGAAUUUGUAGUCCCUGA